UUUUCUCGCUCAGUUUCUUCUCCAGUUGAGUUCUGCGCUUCGGCUCUCCAGCCCAAGUUUACGCACAGGGAUGCGGGCGUGCAGAGUGGCCUGAAGAUGGCUCUCGUUAGGAUUUAUUCAUUUUUUAUUCCUUUUCACCUGUUAGUGUUGGGUCAAGCCUUAAGGAAUUAUCCAGAUAAUGAAGUUACUUUGCUUGAUUCGAUGUCCGCCCCAGGUGAUCUGGGUUGGGAAGCGUAUCCUCCGGAGGGGUGGGAAGAGAUAAGCGUCAUGGAUGAACGCAACAUUCCCAUGAGGACGUACCAGGUGUGCAACGUGAUGGAGGCCAAUCAGAACAACUGGUUGCGCACCGGCCUGAUCCAGCGUGAGGGCGCCCAGCGCGUCUACGUGGAAAUCAAGUUCACUCUACGGGACUGCAAUAGCCUGCCAGGUGUUCCUGGCACCUGUAAGGAGACCUUCAAUGUGUACUAUCACGAAUCCAACAACGCUGUCGCCGCCCCUCUGCGCCACAUACGCGAGAGCCAGUACGUCAAGAUUGACACUAUUGCGGCCGACGAGAGCUUCACGCAGACCGACGUUGGGGAUCGUGUCAUGAAGCUAAACACUGAAGUGCGGGACAUCAGCGGUCUCACUAAGAGAGGCUUGUACCUUGCGUUUCAAGACCUUGGUGCUUGCAUUGCUCUGGUGUCUGUUAGAGUUUUUUAUAAGCGCUGUCCGCUAGCCGUGCUCAACCUGGCCCGGUUCCCGGAUACGGUGACGGGCGGAGAUUCAGCGCUGGUGGAGGUGCGUGGCUCUUGCGUGGAGGAUGCGGAGGAGCUGGAGGCACCACGGAUGUUCUGCAGCGCUGAUGGAGGUUGGCUGGUGCCCAUCGGACGGUGCGUCUGCCGUCCAGGCUUCGAGGAGGUAGACGGUCACUGCCAGGCAUGUCGGUCAGGCUUCUACAAAGCUUCUGCGAUGGAUGCAUUCUGUGUAAAGUGUCCCCCACACAGCUACUCCCAUCAGGACAAGGCAUCCGAAUGUGUGUGUGAAAGAGGCUUUUACAGGGCAGAGAUGGACCCGCGCUCUAUGCCUUGCACGAGGCCGCCCUCAGCGCCCGGCAACCCGGUUUCCAUGGUGAACGAGACGGCGGUUACCCUCGAAUGGAGUCCUCCUCGUGACAGCGGUGGCCGUGGAGAUGUCACCUACAGUGUUCACUGCAAGAAGUGCUCGGGUGAAACCAGUGCCGGUCGAGACGGCGAGAGAUGCAUGCCCUGCGGAAACGGUCCACGCUUCAACCCGAGGCAGUUUGGCUUGAUGCAUCCCAGAGUUCUCAUCACAGAACUGCAGCCCCACACAAAUUACACCUUCAGUAUAGAAGCCCUUAAUGGAGUCUCGGAUCUCAGCCCCAGUCCUCGCCAGUUGGUGUUGGUGAACGUAACCACCAGUCAGACAGUAAGUGUCAUCUUAAAGGAAAGAAAGGGCACUGACAGUGUAACGCUGGCAUGGAGGGGUCCGGAACCUUCUGAUGGGACUGUGGUGGAAUACGAGGUCACCUAUUAUGAAAAGAACCAACAAGAUCAGAACUAUACAGUGCUGAAGACCAAAUCAAACAGCAUGACGGUGGACGGACUCAAGCCAGGAACCACGUACGUUUUCAGGGUUCGAGCCCGUACAGAUGGUGGCUAUGGCAACUACAGGGGGGAGAUAGAGUUGGAGACACGGCAUGAAGACAUGUUGGCGGUCGGAGACCCCAACCAGCAGACUAUUCUGGCUAUUUCUGUUGCUGGUGGUGCAGUCCUACUGGUCUUGCUGGUGGCUUGUUUUGUCGUGAGUGGACGGCGCUGUGGAUACAUUAAGGCAAAGCAAGACCCAGAGGAAGAAAAAAUGCAGUUUCAGCAUGGACGAGUCAAGCUUCCUGAAACCCGGACGUACAUUCACCCGCACACGUACGAAGACCCAAACCAGGCUGUGCGAGAUUUCGCCAAAGAGAUUGAAGUCAACAACAUCCGAAUCGAGAGAGUUAUCGGGGCCGGUGAGUUUGGAGAGGUGUGCAGUGGGCGUCUGAGGUUGCCUAGCAAGAGGGAGAUCCAGGUGGCCAUCAAGAGCCUAAAAGCCGGAUAUUCAGAGCAGCAGAGACGAGACUUCCUGAGUGAGGCCAGUAUCAUGGGCCAGUUUGACCAUCCCAACAUCAUCAGACUGGAAGGAGUCGUCACCAGAUGUAAGCCUGUGAUGAUAGUGACCGAGUACAUGGAAAAUGGAUCUCUGGACACGUUUUUGAAGAAACACGACGGGCAGUUCACAGUGAUCCAGCUGCUGGGGAUGAUGCGAGGCAUAGCCGCGGGGAUGCAGUACCUCUCCGAAAUGAACUAUGUGCAUCGGGAUCUGGCAGCGCGGAACAUACUGGUGAACGGAAACUUGGUGUGUAAAGUGUCUGAUUUUGGGCUGUCGAGAGUGUUGGAGGACGAUCCUGAAGCGGCGUACACAACACGGGGUGGAAAAAUUCCCAUUCGAUGGACAGCCCCUGAGGCCAUCACGUACAGAAAGUUUACGUCAGCUAGUGAUGUCUGGAGUUACGGCAUUGUCAUGUGGGAGGUGAUAUCCUAUGGGGAGCGACCUUACUGGGAAAUGUCCAAUCAGGAUGUAAUAAAAGCUACAGAUGAAGGCUACCGGCUCCCGGCACCGAUGGAUUGUCCCGUUGUGCUACACCAGCUCAUGCUCGACUGCUGGGAAAAGAGCCGCAACGAUCGGCCGAAAUUCGGAGAGAUUGUCAACACUCUGGACAGGCUGAUCCGGAACCCGAGCAGCCUGAAGCAGCUGGCCAACACUUCAGUCUGGGAGGACCCAGCAACCCCUGAUGCUGGGGUCAGCACAGUAGGAGACUGGCUCGACUUGAUAAAAAUGGGCCAGUACAAAGAACACUUCUCCAGCUCCGGCUAUGUUACCUUGGACUCUGUUCUGUACCUCAGUUGCAGUGAACUGGAUAAGAUGGGAGUAGCGCUGGCGGGCCAUCAGAAAAAGAUCCUUUCCAGCGUCCAGUGUCUUCAAGCACAGCAGGUGCAAGUAUAGCCCCCAACACCCUAGACCCAUUCCUCUUCCACUGAGGAGAUCACGAGCGUUUGUGCCACAUGGAGGCAACUUGACUCUGUCUUAUCUCUACCAGCACUAAAGUUUAUAAGCCCUGAGAGAAAGGGCACUACAAUACCUUCCUCAUAUAAUCAGCAUCCAGAAGUGUUCUGAGAUUGGAAAUCGUUCUCGAUGCUCGGAGAUUGUCGACAUUCACACCACUUAAAAGUUGAGAUCUUUCGGAGAGCGGGAAAACAAGGACGAGAACCCACACCAUGUGACAUCACAGCACUGUGAACAUCACGCUCCACUCCUCAUUGUACAGAAGACCUUGAAGAAACACCGACUGUGUCUUGUGAAUCUUUAACUGUUUUGCAAGCGAUGCUUUUUAUAUGAAUGCGCCCUUGAACGUGUCGUGUCGGACUGAACCUGGAACAGGAAGGAAACGGUAGUUGUUCUUUAAAAUGUCCUUGCAGACUUGUGUACAUGGUGAUAGUUUAGAAAGGCUUUGAAAGACCGGUCGCAUAAAGCAAUGAAGCACUGAUUGCUCUUCCACAACCACGCAAUUUUAUACAAAGCACAUUUAUACCGGAGAUGCUCCUCAACCCCUGAAUCUGCUCUCGGCAGCAUCUGUGGAAAAUGUCACACGCGGUGACACAUCUGGAGACCCCACCUUUUCAAGCUCUUGACAUCUGAAUUCUUAGGAGAAGUAAUUCUUCCCUCACAGACUCAAGAGGACGGAUGGUCGAUGUCAGAAAGAGGGCAGACAUCACAACCGAGAACCUUGAAUAAGAUCUUUCAUUCACGGUUGCUGUAACUUUUACUCGUCUUUUUCAACAAGGCGAUGCGGAGAGCGUUCUUGUUUGAUGUGGCUUUUCUUCUAAUUUCAUCGCAUAUUUCUCAUCAUCAGUCUACGCCUCGUUGCUUUGAUGGAAUAAGGAGACGGGAAUAUUUUUGAGCGUUUAAUCAGAGGGACGACAUCCCUAAAUCCUAAAUCGUCCUGGUGUUGAUGGAACCGCACAUGGUGAACUGUAGAACGUAUGUUUGUCUUGGAUCCUGUUUAGUGUCGAGCUCCACUGGUUACAGAGCAGUCGGCACCUUUAUAUUACAUUUCAAUAUGGUCUUCCGACCAUGAAAUUUCCAUAUUAUUUCAUAUUGUAAAAAGUGUCAGUAAUAUUUCCAUGUUGCUGGUACUUUAAGACCAUAUUCUGCUUUAUCUUCCCAUGUGUAAUGACAGUGCUUUGUUUUGCACUCUGAAAUGGCUACGUGUAACAGUAAUAAGUAGCGAAGAUUGUGCGGCGGUAGAAAUUGAGAUUUUGUACAGUGUUUGUUAUUGUAUUUGUACAGUAAUGACUUAGUGUUUCAAAGGUUUUGUCAGUUGUAAAUUAAGUUCGUAACUCUUAUAUUAUACCUUCAACUUUAGCUUUGGACACGCAAAGAUUGUGAGGCUGUAGAAUGUAACGGAUAAAUUAGCUUUAUGGUGUUGCGGAAAAGCUAAGCAUUCUCAGGAUUUUUAUUUUUCACAGAUACACGCUUCAAGAUGGCAAAAACUGACAGAUCAUCAGAUGUUCGGUCAAGAGGGGUUCACUUUUUGUUUUAAUUUCAGCCUUUUUAUUUAUGUUACUACACAUUAAAGCAUUGCGAACCAUUUGUGUACUGUAAAACAAUAUUAAUAGCACAACCCGAGCACUCUGGUUAGAGAUAUUGAUACAGAUGUUUUUUUUUUAAUAUUAUUUAUGGUCUUAGCACCGAAACCGUCUAAAGCAGUGUUAAACUCUCAUUUUGUGACUCUCUAAGAAUUCCUUUGGAGUUCAAUCAAAUUGAAAAGAUAACGAAUAAUGUGUAUUUCUUCGAAUUAGGGUUCAAUAUUUAUUGAUGAAAAGUCAAGGCACAUCUUCUCUGUCCUGUACUCAUUUUUUAAUUAAGAGCUAAUCGUCAAAUUACUGAAACAUAUGUGCCUGUUCAAAUCUAUAAUUUCCCAUGCGGCGACAAUAACAGUCAAUAAUUUAAUGAGCCCUUCUAUCUCAAACUCUUCAUUCAUGAAUCUAUUUAUUUUCUUUUCUUUCUAAUUCACAAAGGCAACAAAAUGCGGCCAUUAACAAAUGCCGUUUCCACUCAAUCUCUUACAGUUCAAUGCAGUAUUGUUUUUGUCUUCGAAGUCUUCGAAGUCUGAUUUUUUGCAAAUAAUGCAGUUCUUUGUGUUUCAUUCUGAUGAUAUCAUACAGUUUACACACUUCCGGUUGCUGGGUUACCUGCACGUUGCAUCAGGACCACUCAAUCCAGUCCUUGCACCCCCCCAUGUUAUAGAUGUCUCCUUAUAUAAAACCUUAUUCAACUCCACUUAUUAUUGUAUUUAUUAGGGAGACAUCUACAACAAUUGCGAGAGUAGAUGACUAUGCUUGCUUUAAAAUCACUCUUGCAUUACUGUUAUGUCACACGGCGAUCUGUCUGGACACCGCCGCAUGAAGUCAGACAAGGCUAUUUUGGGGGGAGAUGGACAGCUUGAAUCAGGUGUUUUGUAUACUGUAGGGAAAGACAUUUAAAAAAUGGGCUAGGAAUGGAGUUACACUAGCUUAGACAUUUCAGUCGAUUUUAAACACAGUAUUUAAAUAUCGAUAGCCAGGUUUGUACGUCUCUUACAGCAGUCACAGAGUGUAAAGUGCUUUAUGGAAUAUAUUUAAUGAUUGGAUGUCAUCAGUUAAACUGAGAAGUCUGAACAGCAGUAUUAGAAGUUUGUUGGAUUAUUUUGCAAGCAGUCUUUGUAAAUCACUUUGUAUUUAGCCAGCAGGAGUGUUGGCUACGGGUAAUGGCGUGGUUACAGCAUUCAUUCAAAUCUGCAAUAUCGGUCUUGUGGCGUUCAAUGCAUAUUACAACCCACCUCUAAAGGGAAGCAAUUCAGACGCGAGUGUAAAAAGCUUUUUUGGCUUGUACAUGAUCAGUAAUGGAGACAAUGAUCAGAAAACUCUAUUAAUAGUCACUAAGGCAUCGACUUAAGCAAAGCCUUCAGUCAGAACCUGAAGAUGUUACCUCUACGUUGCUGUGCAUUUUUAUUUUGAAUUCUGAACAUUGUGAUCAUUUGUGUACUGUUAUUUUACAAAGCUCUUGUUGAAUUGUAUGCAUUUUAAACAUUGUGUCCAAUAAAUAUGUUAAUAUUUUUAA